GUAGAAGCCUGAAUGGGCGCCCCAGAAAACCCAGAGUUUUCCAGGGGUCUUUUGGGCACCUCGUGGGUGUGGAGAGGUCCAGGGCUGACACACAUGCUCGCUCAGCUCGCACGCACAGACAUUUUCACGCUCACCGUGCACCGCACCACACUCUGAUGACCCCGGUCAUCAGGACGCGGCCUUCUGUGCUGUGUUGUUGUUCAGAUCCAGCUGGCUGGCUCUGCGGGUCUGUGGCCGGUGGGCCUCCGAGGGAGCGCACAGUGGGGUGACGGGCAGCCCUGCUACAGAAAAAGCGCCCGGGUACCUGAGGUGGGAGGAUGUGACGACGCUGUGCCCCCGCGCAGCGGGGACUCGGGCCUUUAAAAAGCCGAGGAAACAGCCUCUGAGCAGGCGGUGGCUACACUGGAGGAGAGCACACCCAGGUCUCACGUGAAAGCAGCCAAACUGUCUGCUUCAAAGAGAAAAGGCAACAUCCUGUCACAGGCCAUGCUCUGGCAGAAACCCUCGGCACCAGAACAGGCCCCGGCUCCACCCCGGCCAUACCAGGGCGUCCGUGUGAAGGAGCCAGUGAAGGAACUGCUCCGGAGGAAACGAGGCCAUGCCAGCAGCGGGACGGCUGUCACACCUACGGCGGUGGUGCUGCCCCAUCAGCCCCUGGCUACCUACACCACAGUGGGUAAGAGCUCCCCACAGCCCUGGUCCCCUCCAGGCCCCUCGUCUGGGCCACACCUGCAACUCUGUAAUUUCCUUCUUCCCACAGGUCCUCCCUGCCUCGACAUGGAGGUCUCCGCUUCCACAGUGACAGAGGAGGGGGCCCUGUGUGCCGGCUGGCUCUCCCAGCCGGCCCCGGCCACCCUCCAACCCCUGGCCCCGUGGACACCCUACACGGAGUACGUGUCCCACGAAGCUGUCAGCUGCCCCUACUCGGCUGACAUGUACGUGCAGCCCAUGUGCCCGAGCUACACGGUGGUGGGGCCCUCCUCCGUGCUGACCUACGCCUCCCAGCCGCUCAUCACUAACGUCACGACCAGAGGAGCGGCCGCGCCCACCGUGGGGCCCCAGCUGGAGGGCCCGGAGCACCAGGCGCCCCUCACCUAUUUCCCAUGGCCGCAGCCCCUGUCCACACUGCCCGCCUCCACCCUGCAGUACCAGCCUCCGGCCCCAGCCCUGCCCGGGCCCCAGUUCGUCCAGCUUCCCAUCUCCAUCCCCGAGCCGGUCCUUCAGGACACGGAAGACCCCAGGAGGGCCAUCAAUUCCCUGACCAUCGACAAGCUGCUUUUGGAGGAAGAGGAUGGCGACGCCUACUCGCUCAACCACACGCUCUCGGUGGAAGGCUUUUAGGGCCUGCUCGCCCGGAGAGUCCUGCUCCCCGAGCCUGGGAUUUUACACUGAGCCUGGGAUUGAGCCUCAGAUUCACACCUGUUUGGAGUAGCUGUCUCACAACUACACUUUCCACCCUCAACUAGAAUAAUUGGCUUUCCUUCCUCCCUCCCCUCUUCCUCCUCCUUUCCUCCCUCCCUCCCUCCUCCUCCCUUCUUCCCCCUUGCCUUCCUGCCUUCUUCCCCCUUUUCUCCCUCUCCCUUCCUUCCCUUUCUGCCUUCCUCCCUCCCCCCUCCUUGCUCCCCCCUCCUCCCUUCCUUUCUCCUUUCCUCCCUCCCCCGAACCCCUUCCUCCCUUCCUCCUUCCUUCAUUUUUUUUUCCAUUUCUGUUCCUAUCUGAGAAGGAAUUAUAGAGAUUUUUGUGGUAAUAUUGAUGCCAGUGUUGCAAACCCAUGUCCCAGGUGCUUUUAUUUCUGCCUCAUUUUGUUCAUUGGAGCAGCAGCCCAGCUGAGCUGUCUUGGGGCCAGUGCCGCCCUGCCCUCUGUCAUUUUGAGGUGUAUGGGGUGGCCUUGCAGACCCACUGCCCAAGUCCUUGAGCUGUCAGUUCUCACAGUUGAUUCUUUGUUUGCUGUUCUCUGCGCUGGCCAGAUUUACAGUCUAGGCAGCAGAGUCCCAAGGCCUGGGGCUCAGUUAGGUGGUGGGGGUGGUGUUCCGGGGGAGAAAAAUCAACAGCAGAGUGGGUGGGUU